CGGCGUGACGCGCUGCGACGGCGAUGGAGUUCGGCGUUUGUGCGGCGCGGCGUCUCGGGCGGCUCCUGAGGCUCCGGGAUGUCUCGCGGCGUGCACCACUACCGGCUGCGGUUGUGGGACCCCGGCUGCAGCUGCUGGCUGUGCGGCGGCUUCCCGCGGGACCAGCGCUCUGCCGGGCUAACCUGACCCCGGGCCUUGUGCGUGGCCUGCACAAUGGGCCUCAGCAGGAGGAGCGGACACCCGGCGAGGGAUUCCCAGAGCUGGACGUUUCAGAUCAUACUGGUCCCAAGUUUGACAUCGAUAUGCUGGUUUCACUUCUGAGGCAAGAAAAUGCAAGAGACAUUUGUGUGAUCAAGGUUCCUCCAGAAAUGAGAUAUACAGAUUACUUUGUGAUUGGUAGUGGAACUUCCACCCGACACUUACACGCCAUGGCCUACUAUAUUGUGAAAAUGUACAAACACCUGAAACGUAAAAGUGAGCCUUAUGUUAAGAUCGAAGGGAAGGAUACUGAUGACUGGCUUUGUGUGGAUUUUGGCAGCAUGGUGAUUCAUUUGAUGCUUCCAGAAACCAGAGAAACCUAUGAAUUAGAGAAAUUAUGGACCCUACGUUCUUAUGAUGACCAGUUAGCUCAGAUAGCACCUGAGACAUUACCUGAAGACUUCAUUAUUGGAAUAGAAGAUGACACUUCAUCCCUAACUCCAGUGGAGUUCAAAUGUGAAUAAACUUAGAUUGCUUUGAGUCAGA